CAUACCACUCACACAAGAGUCACAGGCAGAGUUUACAGCUUUUUCAAGUUUUUGCUUGGCAGCAAGCCCACCAAAAAGUGAAAGGGCAAAACACAAAAAGUGGCAAGCUUGCCACACUCUAUAUCCGAGUGACGGGUCUUUGCUGAUGUUUGCUUUCGAGACAGCAAGAUGAUCCGGUUUAUUUUGAUCCAGAAUCGUGCUGGAAAGACUCGCUUAGCCAAAUGGUACAUUCCGCUUGAGGAUGACGAAAAGCAGAAGUUGAUUGAGGAAGUUCAUGCUUUGGUGACAGUCCGAGAUUCAAAGCAUACCAAUUUCGUUGAGUUUCGCCAGUUCAAGAUUGUAUAUCGUCGCUAUGCUGGCUUGUACUUCUGCAUCUGUGUGGAUGUUUACGACAACAACCUUGCUUACUUGGAAGCCAUUCACAAUUUCGUUGAAGUUCUGAACGAGUUCUUCCACAACGUCUGUGAACUGGAUUUGGUGUUCAACUUCUACAAAGUCUACUCAGUGGUGGAUGAGAUGUUCCUGGCUGGUGAGAUCCGGGAAACUAGUCAAGGCAAGGUACUGAAGCAGCUUAGUUAUCUUGGCUCACUGGAGUAAUGGUUUCAUUCGUCUCAUGCAUCUAGUUUCGUUUUGAUUGUACAGUGUUGUUGUUUUUUUUAUUAUGAUAACAUUUUACUGCUCCAUAUUACAGUAGUACAUAGUACACAUACCGAUUAAAAACAUGAGCAUAAAACGACAAUCGAUUCACAAUUCCAUCAUAGAAAACGUUCAGAUCCCUUA